AUGACAAUUUCCCAUGAGCCAAACGCUACUUUCGCCGAGCUGGUCAUCACCAACGUUAAGGCUGAUGAUGAAGGAGUGUACCGUUGCGAGAUCACCUAUCUGCAGGUCGGCGAGGACUGUAACACCGUGCAAGUCACCGACUUUCAUACUUACAUGAUUCAUUCCGGACCGGACCUUAUUUGGCCUCAUGUCGCACAUGCUCAAUAUCCACCAUCCACAAUAUCAUCUACUGUAGUAGUGUGCAAUUUUCAUUGUCUCAUACGUAUUUAA